CCGAGAAUGAAUAAAAAGAACGAAAGAUUUUAAUCGAGCUCACAUGCUGCAAGAUGUUAGACACUAACUAAUUAUCCUUCUUAACGUCUAUUAAAAGCUUUGCAAAUAAUCGAUAAAUAAUAAUAACGUAUAAGGAAGUUACUUUGCUUGUAUCGAUCUAUCGAUAUCAAUUGUAGAUAAACAAACGAUUUCUUUUUAACUUUUCCCAUACCGUUCGAGUUUAUUUCCGAGUUAUGUGUUUAGAUUGCGUUUUAGAAUCGUUCAAUUCUAAUUCCCCGAUGGCUGACAACUGGAGCAUGAAAAAGAGUUAGAUGUGUGUAUGUGUAUAUGUGUAUAUGUAUGCUACGUAACACACCCGCUAUUUUAAUAUAUUACACAUUAAUAACAACAACAUGAAUUAACAACUUAUCAACGAUAUACUUAAUGAUAUCAAAUAGAUUUUUUCGAUCGUAGGAAAACUGGGAAGAUCUCUGUUAUCAUGAAUUUCUCAAAUAGAAAUUUUCUAAGCAAACUUAGUCGUUUACACAUGACCUACUAAACAAGAUCAGCGAACACUUCAUUAACUCGUUAAAAUUGCAACUCCAAACGUUUAACGCGGAUUCAACUUGUCUCUCUUUGUUUAUCUUAUAAUAUAGUUUAGGUGUCAUUGUGAACUCAAACAAAAAAACAAUAAAUAUACAAACUGUGAUGUGUGAUUUAAAAUUGUUUCAAUGCGUGGGUGUGUUAUACGUGCGCCAAUGAGUGUUUAUUUCAAUAUCAUUGAAAAAUUAUAAGAAGAAACACGAAGGGGUGUAUCGUAAGAAAUUCGAUCAAACGAUGCAAUCGUAAUUGAAUUGAAAAAAAAAAAAAAGAAAAAGAAAAGAAGACAAGAAAAGAAUUGUACAAUUUUCUUUUUCUUCGUCAAAUUCAUCGUGUGGUUGUUAUCAUCCUGUCGUCGAAGAUGCACCAAUACCAGCACGGAUUGUUCUACACUCAUCUGCUGCUAACUUUAACGUUAUCAGUGAUUUCAAUCGAGAGUCAUCUGAUCGAUGGGAUCUUCACGGAACCGACCUUAGAACCAGGUUAUAAUCUUGUGGCUACGGUACCACGAGGUGCUGUGGCAUUGAACGUGACCGAGUUACGUCACACGCAAAAUUAUUUAGCUAUCAGAUUGCAAAAUGGCAGUUAUUUGCUCAACGGUAACUACAGCAUCAAUUGGUCCGGUGAAUACAACGCAGCUGGCACAACAUUCCUAUACAUACGGCAAAGCCAACAAAAUUUGGAAAGUUUUUCAGCCGCUGGUCCGUUGCACGAACCCAUCGAUGUUAUGGUGCUGUAUCAAGAGCCCAAUCCUGGUAUAGUUUACCGUUAUAUCAUUCCUGGAAGUAGUACCGCCAGUGCACCGAGUAAUUCUCAUCUCACUCGCAAUACAGUUUUAAAUAGAUCGAACGAAGCAUCAGCACCAUCAGCAAGUACUUUGUUAAGAAAAACGAAUGGUACUAUCACCAAUGCAUUGACAACUAUCGACGAUUCAGCUAUAAAUGGCUCGUACAUUCCUAGGCGAUACAAAAAACGAAAAUUUGCAUGGAAACCUGCCGGUUAUACGGAAUGCAAUAAAUCCUGUGGCGGAGGUAUCCAAACGAUGAGAUACAUGUGUAUCAGAGAACAUAUACAGGCACAGGUACCCGAUAAAAGGUGUCACAUGUUGGAAAAGCCACGAGAAGUUCGAUUGAAGUGUAACACCAAUCUCUGUCCACCCGUAUGGAGACCAACAGCAUGGAGCCAAUGCUCGGUCAGCUGUGGUACCGGCGUUCGUAUACGAGAUAUGGAAUGCGUUCAAGAGAUCAAACCGACCUUAACGGUAAUUGUAUCCGAGGGUGCUUGCACUGAACCAAGAAAUUUACCUAUCAGCGAAACGUGCAACGAACAACCUUGCGAACAAGAUAACAGAAAAAUAUCGGAUGGAGGUGAACAGUCCUUCAACUGGAUUGUUGGAUCCUGGUCCGAGUGUUCGACGACGUGUGGGGCAGGUAAAAGAACGAGACUCGUAACGUGCGAACGAGAAGAAUACUUUUGUAACACAGCAGAGAAACCGAUUUCUCAAGAGGUUUGCGAUUUGGGCCCUUGCACCGUGAAAUUUUCUUCAAGCAAUGCAAUUUCGUUGACCGAGCCAAGGGGAACAACCACCACCACAACCACCAUCACUUCUCAAUGGCUUUAUACCGAAUGGUCUGAACAGUGUUCUGCUGAAUGUGGAAUUGGUAUGCAAAGUAGAAGAGUAUUUUGUGAAAAAUAUUCUGACGAGGAAUGCGAUCGUACGAAUCGUCCAGAAUCAUCCAGAUCAUGUUCGAGUAACAUAACGUGCAGUGGACAAUGGUUUGUCGGACCAUGGUCUGAGUGUUCUUCGAAUUGCGAUUUUGGCGAAAAAACGAGAGAAGCCGUAUGCGUUACUACAAUACGCGGUGCAUUACGUGUUGUCCUUGAUAUGAAUUGUCCUGCGAAUAAACCGGAAACGAGAAAAUCAUGUAGAGGUCCACCUUGCUCGUACGCUUGGUUUACGUCCGACUGGAGCGAGUGUUCUCGUUCGUGUGGUAAAGGAAUACAGAGAAGAGAAGUCAAAUGUUUAUCACCGGAAAAUACAUCGAACGAGUAUCAUCAUCAAAUACAUUGCUACGAAGAAGAUCGUCCUGUUUCUCGACGAACCUGCAAUGAUUAUCCUUGCAAAAAUGAUACUAACAAUUCGGAAAAUCUUCCAAGAGUAUCGCAAGUUCAAGAUGAUCCAGAGAUAUACAAUGAAUUAAUUGUUUCAGGUCUCGAAGAUAAUCCAUUUUGCAAGGACAACAUACCGAAUUGUGCAUUGGUGAUUCAAGCACGUCUAUGCACUUAUCAAUUUUAUCAACGAUCGUGUUGUCUUUCUUGUUCCAGAGCUAAACACGAACCGGAAUGAGAUAAACGAGUAAAACAACCAUAUGAAAACAACAAAUAAGAUAUUAUUAUUAAUUAAUAUAAAUUGGUGUAAAAAAAAAAAAAACAAAGAUAAUGUGAUUAGUGAAAUUUAGUUUUAACCAACGAUGCAUUUAAAAUUCAACGAUCGUGAAAGUAAGAUAAAGAAAUUACACGCGAAUCGAAUUAAACGCGAUGCAAUAUUCAGUCUUCCAACAAGUCGUAUGUUUUUUUUUUUUUUUUUUUUUU